AUGGCACCCCGCGUUGUGAUCCCGCUCGACCAGAACUGGGAGUUCCGGCAGGCGGACAAGCCAGACUCCAAGUUCCUGCCCGUCAGCCACUUCCCGACUAACGUCCACCUCGACCUGCAACACCACGGCCUGAUCCCGGACCCGUUCAUCGGCAAGAAUGAGCUCCUCGUCCAGUGGGUGGGCGAGGCGCAAUGGACCUACAGGACCGUCUUCGCGGCGCCGCCGGUGCCCGAGGGCGCCAGGGCAGUAAUCGCGUUCGACGGCCUCGACACUUUCGCGACCGUGGUGCUCAAUGGCACCACCAUCCUCGAGUCGGACAACAUGUUCCUCCCGCAUCGCGUCGAAGUGACCUCGGUCCUGAAGGCCGAAGGUAACGAGCUCGUCAUCACGUUUGACAGCGCCUACCUGCGGGGCUGCAAGCUGGUCGAGCAGCACCCGAACCACAAGUGGGGUUGCUGGAACGGCGACGUCUCGCGGCUGGCCGUGCGCAAGGCGCAGUACCACUGGGGCUGGGAUUGGGGCCCGACUCUCCUGACCUGCGGCCCCUGGCGGCCGGUCCACCUCGAGAUAUACGAGUCGCGCCUGUCCGAUCUCUACGCCGAGACGGUCGUCGACAAGUCGCUGAAGCGGGCCAGCGUCAAGGUGACAGCAGUCGCAGAGCGCAGGGCGGACAGGGUGCGGUUCGACAUCGCCCUCGACGGCCAGCAGGUGGCCACCGAGACAGCCGAGCUGGACGCCACGUCGGGCGAGGCUACCGUGUCGUUCCUCAUCGACAGCCCCGCGCUGUGGUACCCGGUCCGCUAUGGCAAGCAGCCGCUCUACGACAUCCGGGCAACCCUGCUCGCCGGCGACGAUGAGGUCGACACGCUCUCCAAGCGGAUCGGCCUGCGCCGCGCCGAGCUGAUCCAACGGCCACUGGAAGGCCAGCCAGGUACGAGCUUCUUCUUCGAGGUCAACAACAUCCGCAUCUACUGCGGCGGCAGCGACUGGAUCCCUGCCGACAACUUCAUCCCGCGUAUCAGCCGUCGGCGCUACUAUGACUGGGUCAGGCUGGUGGCCGAGGGCAACCAGUUCAUGAUCCGCGUCUGGGGCGGCGGCAUCUACGAAGAGCAGGCCUUCUACGACGCUUGCGACGAGCUCGGCAUCCUGGUCUGGCAGGACUUCAUGUUCGGCUGCGGCAACUACCCGGCCUGGCCGGCCCUGCUCGAGUCCAUCAGGCGCGAGGCCACCGAGAACGUCAAGCGGCUGCGCCACCACCCCUCCAUUGUCAUCUGGGCCGGCAACAACGAGGACUACCAGUACCAGGAGUCGGAGGGCCUCACGUACGACUACGCCAACAAGGACGCCGAGAGCUGGCUCAAGACCGACUUCCCGGCCCGCUACAUCUACGAGAAGAUCCUGGCCGACGUGUGCGCCGACCUGGUCCCCAGCACCCCCUACCACCCGGGCUCGCCCUGGGGCGCCGGGCUCAAUACGCACGACGCCACCGUCGGCGACAUCCAUCAGUGGAACGUGUGGCACGGCACGCAGGAGAAGUGGCAGAACCUCGACCGGCUGGUCGGCCGGUUCGUGUCCGAGUUCGGCAUGCAGGCCUUCCCGGCCGUCAAGACCAUCGACGCCUACCUGCCCCUGGGCCGGGACGACCCGGACCGGUACCCGCAGUCGUCGACGGUCGACUUCCACAACAAGGCCGAGGGCCACGAGCGGCGCAUCGCGCUGUACCUGGUCGAGAAUCUGCGCUACGCGCCCGACCCGCUCGAGCACUUUGUCUACUGCACGCAGCUGAUGCAGGGCGAGUGCCUGGCCUCGGCCUACCGCCUCUGGAAGCGCGAGUGGCGCGGACCCGGGCGCGAGUACUGCGGCGGCGCGCUGGUCUGGCAGACCAACGACUGCUGGCCCGUCACGAGCUGGAGCAUCGUCGACUACUACCUGCGCCCCAAGCUGGCCUACUUCACGGUCAAGCGCGAGAUGGCGCCCGUGAGCAUCGGCAUCACGCGCAGGACGCACCUGCACCCGCGCGACCGGCACACCCGAGUCAACGUGGACGUCAAGACGCAGAUCGAGGUGUGGGCCAGCAACCUGACCCUCGAGGACUUGACGGUCGACUGCGUACUCAAGGCCUGGGACGUCGAGAGCGGCGAGGAGACCUUCUCCGAGACGGUGGCGGCGGCGCUGCUCCUGCGGGAGAACCGGUCGACCGAGAUCGCCGCGCUGGACGUUCCCGUCCGGCAGAAGAACGUCGGGGAGGAGGGCCGGAUCGUGGUGGCGGCCUAUCUGGUCGACAAGGAGGGCAGGCAGAUGGCCCGCUACGUCAACUGGCCCGAGCCGCUCAAGUACGUGCACCUGCAGAAGCCUCGGGCGCUCCGGGCGCAGCUGACUGCCGAUUACUCGGCGGUCGAGGUCAGCGCCGAGGUGCCAGUCAAGGGCGUCGCGCUGGAGUGCGAGGAUGACGGGGUCCGAUUCGACGACAACCUGGUGGAUAUUGUGCCGGGCGAGGUGGUCACCAUCGGCGUCAGCGGGGCGGGCAAGGACACCAAGAUCGAGACGCGGUAUCUGGACAUGAUCUAA